AUGAAGCCCACGAAAUUAAGGAGCAACCACACACCGAAAAGCAAAUGGACCAUUGAGGAAGAUGAUUUGCUUAAAUAUGCUGUUAAGAAAGUUGGGAAAUUGAAAUGGAAGCAAAUAGCCAAAAUUGUAGGAACAAGAUCUGGUAAGCAAUGCAGAGAAAGAUGGUUCACUAAGCUAAAUCCCGAUAUCAAAAAUGAAGUAUGGAGCCCAGAAGAAGAUGAAAAACUCCUUCGAUUACAUGAUAAAAUUGGAAAUAAAUGGUCACAAAUCGCCCAACAUUUUCCUGGCAGGACAGUUCUUAACAUCAAAAACAGAUUUAGGACAUUUUUCAGGAGACAAAAUCCAAAUCCAUCCAAAAUGCUUUCGGACAGAGAAUGUAAGGAUUUGCAAGAAUUACCUCAAUCAGAUAUAUUUUCUGAAUUUGAACAGCUUAUCUUCCAUGUUGAAGAUUUUGCAGCGGAUUUGUUCCAAUAA